CGCGCCUGUCCACGUAGGGAGGCGGGUCUGGCGCCGACCCCUAGGGAAGUCCGCGCGGGCCUGCACGAGAGCUCUGUUCUGCACCGUGCAGCUCCUGGGGGCCCUCUGCUGGAGUACCUCGCCGCGGGGGAGGUGCUGCGCGACCUGCCCCUGGAGGGGGGCGGCAGGCUGCGGGUGACCCGGCACGAGGCGUCCGAGCACGAGGCGCCCGCCGGCUUCCCCGAGGGCUCGCGCCAGGAGUGGCGGGUGCUCACCUUCCAGCCCGACGCGGGCGCGCGAGGCUGCCCAGAGGGCGACCUGCUGCAGGCCGUCGCGAAGGUGUGCGUCUCCCCGCCGGGCGCCUCGGCGCCGCCCGUGCUCCAGCGCGCAGACGCGCUCUCGCUCGGGCCUCUGAGGUCGGCCACGCGUCAGAGUGGCCCUUCGCAGGAGUGGCCUCUGGCCGACAGUCGGGCAUUCACAGAAGCCCCCCCCCAACAAGUCGACGGGGGGAGUCUGCACGGGUUCCAUCGACAGUGGCACUCGAGUGUGUUGGUGCAGUUCCCCGUCAGUUUCGCUAAUCGACGUGUGGUUUGCCCGAUGUAGCUCUUGGACAUCGAUUAGCUAUUCUGCCGGGGUCCACUCCGAAUGCGGCGCCGUGCGUACGUGGGCUGACUGUGGCAGCUUUCACUCAAGGGCGAUUCGCUAAAGGGGGUUGUGUCCACCCCCGAGAGAAGGGCCCCCCCAAGCAUUGGCUUGCACGAUUAGGCUUGGCGUCCCCGCGGGCCCCUAAAGCCGCGCACCAAAGGUCACUCCUGCUCAGGGUCGCUCUUACGUGUAGCCCCGUAGGUCCAUGGUCUCGGUGGCGCUCGCGGCGCUGAGUGCGCUUGGGGCGCCGGCGCUGCGCACGGGCGCGGGCGCUGGCGAGCGCACCGCGGAGCGCCUGCGGGUGCUGUGCAUCGGGCUGGGGGCCGGCGUGAUGCCGUCCUUCCUGUCACAUCACGUGCCGCUGUGUGACGUGGACGCGGUGGAGCUCGAGCCCGCGGUAGUGGCCGCCGCGUUGGGCCCGCUGGGCUUCCGCGAAGGCCCGGGCCUCCGCGCCAUCACGGGCGACGGGGCCGCGUUCGCGCUCGAGGCGGUGUCCGCCGCGGGCGCGAGCGUCGGCGGCCUCUACGACGCGGUGCUCAUCGACGCCUUCGACGCGGCGGGCGACACGCCAGCGCCGCUGUGGAGCGGCGACGGCGGCGUCUGCCAGGCGCUGGCGCAGGGCCUGCUCCGCGCGGACGGCGUGCUGGCGGUCAAUCUGCUGGAGAGCGUCGACGUCGCGUCUAGGCUGGGCGCCUACCGGCGGGCCCUGGCGGCGUGCGGCAGGGACGCCGGGCCAGGCUUCUCGGUGCGCACCUCCGAGUGGGAGGUCCGGGCGAGGGGCGCAGGGGCGCAGGGCGGCGAGGGCGAGUUCGACGUGGUCCGGGUGGAGGGCGGCGCGGGCAACUACAUCGCCGUGCAGGCGUGCGGCGGGCUGGCGGGGGCCACCCUGGAGGAGCUCCAGGGCCGCCUGACCGAGGGCGCCCGCGGAGCCCAGGAGGCCACUGGGUGUCCCUUCGACAUCGCGGAGUUGGCGGUGCGCGGCCUGCGGCAGUGGUGAGUGCGGUGGAUAGCGCUCUGACGCCCGUGGCCACGUGUGCAAAGCAGUCACUCGCUCUGCAGGCGCCCACCUGUCCCGCAGGAUCAUGAUCGGCC